AAAGCCAUCAUACUCUAAAUGUCAAUGUCUAAAAUUUAUUGUAAAAAAAUAUCUUUUUAUCUAACAGUGACGGCGUAAAUGUUUAUCUAUUUUUGAUUUGUUGUAGUAAUAUUAUUUGUAUAUUGGUUAGCGUAUACGAAUGAUUUGCAAAUAUAUCCUUAUUUUCUCUUAUUAGUUCUGUUUAUUGUGAGAAUAGGACCAAAAUCGAAUAAUUGGUGUCGAAAUGACUUCCUUACAUUUCUACUUUUGUGUGGCUUUGGUAAUAAAAACAGGCGUUUGCGGCGUCUACGUGUCCUUAUCUAACGACGGUCCAGCUGUGUUAGGUUCCAACAUCACUUUUACGGCCACUGUGUUGGGAUACACGGACGAAGAGUUCAAAUUCGAGUUUUAUGAUAAUAUCCAGCCACACCACAAAGAUUCGUUAAUCAAAAAAUCUAAUGUAUCCAUAUGGAAUGUGGAGUAUCCUCGGGAUUUAUAUGAAGCAGGGGAAUAUACAGCAUUUGUAGACUUGAGGAAGUUUUUUUUUCCAGUUUGGUAUUUGGAGGCGUCUGCAAACACAACAUUCCAAUUAACGGAUUCUCUAAACGGGAAGUUGAUGCUAAGCCAAAAUAACACUGACCGGCCCAAUAACUUUGUGGCGGUCAAUAAAAGUGUGCACCACUAUGUCAAGUUGCCCGACAAUGAAAUUCAGUUUUUGGAAAACAACUCCUCCAGUAUUGUAACACAUUGGUUUUUGGACUGCGUCUUUUUUGAUACAACCACUGAUUUUGCACUCAAUUACACUUAUGAAGAUACUAUGACAGACCAUCAUGUAGAGGCAAUAGUUGUUGCAAAUAAUGAACCACUCCCACCUAUUACAACAACAACGACAACGACAACAACUACAACAACCACAACUACAACUCCUAAACCUCCAGCUAGUACAGAAACUGAGAUACCUUCAACUACACAGAAAAAUGUUACCAUUACAAAUGACACCACGGUUCAUAAGGUUCAAAAGCGGGCGAUAUCAAACAGGACCUUUAAGAAUUCUGCGAAAGAGAUAGUAUGUAACAACACGGUUCCUGUAGGCAAGAGUUACACAGUAGGAAGAUUCCAGCAAACCGUUAGCGUGAGGGACCCAAUAUCAAAAGUAGAUAUAGCAGGCCGCAACUGGUUGCAACAUGGGGACCUGUUGGACUUGCAAGUCAAGUACACCGGCUCCCCACCAUUCGACUACUGCAUCAUAUACAAACUCGGCCAGUACAACGUGACUGGCAACGAAACUUGCAAGACUACGCGAACUGUCUCCAAUGAGUUCCCGUUGGUGCAUUACUUCUCUGAUAUAGAUCAGCACACGGUUGUAGUUGUCAUUGGGAAUGAUAUUGGCAACUAUGUGUCUUCAGUCACUGUGAAUAUUUACAAAGGAUUAUUUUCAGCGCCGGGUCACGCGCAACUGUCUGUCAUCGUGGUGCCAGUGUUCUUCUGUCUGGUCGCUGUCAUAUUAGUUGUGUUUGGUAUUGCCUAUUACCAGCAUAGAUCCAGGCACACAGUGGAAGUGGCAGACUUCGAUUUCGGUCAAGCGAAUCCCGAAUACAAGUCGUUCACAGAGCGCCUUAGAGAUAGUUUUAGAAAUGCGUUCAACUUCGGCCACCGCGACGACACCGACCCGUUGACGCCCGACACUAGGUACGAUUCUAUGACAUAAACGUAAUAUGUUUAUGCUGUUUUGUAUUGUAUUUGUGUAUCAUUCCGAUUUUGAUAACGUUUAGUCCUCGCGUAGUCUCGCCAUAGAGAGUCGAUAGUUAAUAUAAAAGUAUUUGGUGAUCGACAAGCAAUCUCUUGUUAAGUCUGAAAGCGCGCGCUUUAUCGAUAUCGAUAAAUUGCAUGGCUCAUAAAAAUGUUGUAUUAAAGUAAAUUAUAGCUAUUGCUUGGUUAUAUAACAUCGAUAGAAUAUAAAAGUUGAGCUAUUGAAAUAAAUCAUAAAAUCUAGAUAAUGUAGGUUACGAAUGUAUGUUCAGAAUUCUAUAUAGGAAAGUCAUUACAACAGAGUGGUAUAAUAAAUUGUAAAAUGUAUUAAAUAUUAAUGUAAAUAUAAAAUGAUUGUAGUAUAUGAUCACACAUCAAAGUAUAAUUUAUAAAUAUUUUUUUAUUGACACCUAUUUAUGACUGAGUGGAUGUUUUAUUUUGGAACUCCAAUUCGGUCGUCGGGCAAAAAUUGAUUCUAAUAUUGCAGUUAAUCGAAGCUCGUACGAGCAAUAAUGUGAUCUCUAAUCGUGUAUUGUUCCGUAUGUCGGAGUUGUAAUAAUACCAAAAAAUUGACAAUUAUCGUGUAGGUGCCAGUGAAUUAUUUUUUCUAAUAAUAUAAUAUGGGGUUUAAUUAUUUUAUUUCAUUGUUGUUUUGUUCUAUAUUUUAAUAAGUAUUUUGAUUUGUUAACAAUUACACUAUCUUCUAAGGCUACAUACAUAAAGGAAUUAUACGUUAAUUUAUUUUCGUCCAUAUAAUAUUUAAUUUUAUAAAAUCCUAUUACUGUAAAAUGAGUUGUAAAUGAACUGAAAUAACGAACAACUUUAUUGAAAAGUGAAAUAUAUCUAUAGAUUUACUUAGGAGGUUUAAUAUAGAGUUUUAUUCAAUUGUAUACGCGCAAAUAUCGAAACAAAUUAUCCUACCUUUUAGUCUUGGUAGUGUAAUUGGUUAAUAUUAGAGAUGAUAACGUAUUAUUUAACACUUUUUGUUUAAUCUUUAUAACGCUAAAGGACUGUCGUUAAAAUUAAAAGUGAUCAGUCAUAUUUUGUGAUAUAUUAGGCUAAAUAAAAUUAGAUUUAUGCAGUUAUUAAUAAUUCGUAUCGACUUGUCUCAGAAGUGUAAAACUAGUUCGCAUGUUGAAUUAUAAGAAAUGCUAUGUUUUCUUUGGUACUAACUUUAUUUCAGUAAUAAUAAUUGCAAAGAAAUGCAGUAUUUCGAGACAAUAUUUUAUUUAUAAAUCAAUAAUGGAAUAGUAGUGUCGUGCUUGGAUUUGUCUUCAUACAUAUUAAAAAUUAAAUACAAAAUGCAAUAAAAUGUAAAGUCAUAUAAAUUUCGUGAUUCUAUUAUUACUUUUAUUCUGUAGUUCUAAUAUACAUAUUUCCGUGUCAUGUACCGCUUCUGAAUUUUAUAUGAACUGUUACAUCUCUGAAGACUUUAAGCCUACGUUUAUAGAAAGAAAUAUUUACAUGUACUAUAUUGCUUUGUUGAAUAUCUACAAAAUAAAAUAUUUUAUUGUCUAUUUACUAUAUUAUUCUUGUUUAAAUCGCACGACUCUAAGUUUAUAAAGCGCUGGUCACAAACAGCCACUGACUAAAAUAUUAUUUUUGUGUACAUACGCAUAGCUAAAGAAUAAUUUUAUUUUAAUUCCGUUUUUAGUGUUUUUUUCUUAAACUAAAAUGGUAUACGUAGUUAUGGGGUUUUGUGACCGAAGCCUUAAAAUUAGUGUUGUAAACAAUGCAAACAAACGUAUAUUUGAGCUUUAAACUGUUUAUGUAAUGUCAAUCGAUCCGACUAAAUAGUAUUAUGCUUCUGAUCCAAGAGUGUAUUUAAUUUGUAGUACAAUAAAUGUUAUGCAAA